CGGGGCCGCUCGCGCCUCGCGGCGGUUGCCUCCCCGCGCCCGCGCCUCCUCUCGCCGUCGUCGACCCUUUUGAGGUGCGAAUGAUUGCUGGCCGGCCUCGCGUCCCCACGACGGCGGCGCGGCGUCCUCCCCGCCUCGUGCCGCGCGUGUUUUGAGCCUUGGCUUGGCGCUGCCCGCCUUGUUGCCUUGCUCUCUCGGGCGGCCGCCGGGGCUCGUAGUCGUCGUAGGCUAGGGGGCGCGAGGCGAGCAAGCAGGGGGGAUCUUUUUCCCUCCCCACGCCCAGCCGGCCGCCGUGAGAACACGCGGUGCGUCGUCUCCGCGUCGGAACAGAACAGUGGGUUGGUUUUCCAUCUCAUCUGCUCGUUGUGGUUGUUGGCUGCGGGAAAGGGUUCUCGGGAAAAGGUUUCCUCUUCGGGGGCAUCACGUAGCGUAGGCCUCGCCGCUUCCCUUCUCUUCCCUCCAACUGGCUGGCGCCUCUGCGAGCUCCUGCUCCUGCUGCUACCACCCACAGACCCACUCCGCUCGUUCUCCUCCCUUGGCGCUACGCUUUCUGCAUUUUACUCUGCCGGGCUCUGGCGAGGCCCUCUCGGUUUUGGCCUCUCUGCAGCAGGCCUCUGUACAAAGCUUCUUCCCGUUUCUUCUGGUACAGCUAGGCGGACCACGGCGCACGCCAUGGGCCGCGCGAUGAGGUGGCUCAAGAAGGUCCUCACCGGCGCCAAGAAGGAAGGGGAGAGGGGCCGCAAGGAGCAGCACAAUGCCGCGUGCGCAGGCGGCGGCCUGCCGCCGGUGGAGAAGCGGCGGUGGAGCUUCGCGAAGCCGAGGCACAGCGUGGCAGACGGCGGGCGGAGGCCCUCGGUGACCACCGUCGCCGCCGGGGAGCUGUCGCAGGUGCGCCCGUGCAACUGCGGCCUGGAGCGCGAGGCGGAGGCCGCCGUCGUCAUCCAGAAGGCCUUCAGAGGGUACUUGGCAAGGAAGGCGCUGCGUGCUCUCAAGUCGCUGGUGAAGCUGCAGGCUCUGGUGCGUGGCUACCUCGUGAGGAAGCAGGCGGCCACGACGCUGCGCCGGCUGCAAGCGCUCAUGAGGCUCCAGGCCAAGACGGCGUCGUCCCGGAAAUCCGUUGAACAAGAGCGGAUUGUUGGGCGCGCGAAGCCGGUGACGCUGCCGGUGGUGCACCGCCGGCGGCUGUCCGACGGCGGGGACACUGGGUUCGAUCGCAGCCCGAGGAUCGUGGAGAUGGACACGUGCCAGCUCCGCUGCCGGUCGUCCCGCAUCGCGAGCCGGUACGCCGCCGACCCGCCGGGCGCCUCGCCGCUGCUCUACUUCCUCAAGCCGGCGUCGCGCCUCGGCCAGGGGCAGGAGCUGGAGCCGCCGCCGCCGCACCCGAAGACGACCCACAACACGCCCCGCCUCGGCGCGUUCCGGGGCUACCUCAGCUCGCCGGCGGCGAAGCCCGGGCGCGGCGCCACGUGCCGGGACGCCGGGAGCAGCCCGCGGUACAUGGCGGACACGGCCUCGUCCGUGGCGCGCACCCGGUGCCAGAGCGCGCCCAGGCAGCGGCAGGGCGAUGAGCACGCGGCGGCGCUUGGGCAGGCGCCCGCGGCGGCCGAGCCGAGGCCCAGCGUCGGGUCCAGGAAGCAGGCGCGGCCGCAACCGCAGGCGCCGGACAGCUUCAGCUUCAAGAGCUCGGAGGCCAGCCGCGUGGACUCGGCGCUCAGCGACGAGGACACCAGAGACUACUACCUGGACCGGCUCUGGUGAUUCAGCCAUGGCCCAUGGCACCAGCUGGUUCGGGAGAAGAAAAGCUUUAACAUUUUGGUACAUACUAGCAUUAGGAUUAUUAGGAUCAAGAUGGCUUAGGCCAUGGCAAGAUCUGACUACUACUAAUCUAGAAGGACUAUUAUGUAGCUGAAUCGAGCAUCAUCAUCAUCAGAUCGAGGGAAAUAAAAUCUGUUCUGGCAUGACCA